UGUUUGGACUUAGGACCAAAAAACAGAUGACUACAAAGUUUUCCCCUUUUUUUCUUAUGUUUGGACGUGAAGCUCGAUAUCCGUUUGAGAUCCCAGAGAAAUAUGAGAUCAACAACACUGUUGAGCAGGUUAUGGAGGAAGAGACUGUGACAGAAUGCAUAAAGCAUUUGGAUGCCAUUAAAGAGGUCAUUGAGGCAAAUGUGACCAGAUCAACAACAAUGACAAAAAAAAGGCUGCGCUCAGCCAGCAGAAACGUGUCAUUCAGUGUAGGAGAGUUGGUUUUGAGGCAAAAUGUGAGGAGUCAACAAAGAAAAGGGGGUAAGUUGGAGCCCAACUUUCUUGGACCUUUCAAAAUAUCAGCCCUCCAGGGAAAGAGUGCUGACCUUAUUUCAGAAAAUGGAGCACUGUUUAAAAAUAUCAGUAUCGACCAUCUCAAACACUUCAAACCAGAAAAUCCACGAAUUCCACAUAAGAUGACCACACAAAAAACAGAAAAUCCAACAUCUGCUCCUCCAGCCCCUCCGACCACCUCUCCUCCAGCCUCUCCUCCAGCCCCUCCGAUCACCUCUCCUCCAGUCCCUCCGAUCACCUCUCCUCCAGUCCCUCCGACCACCUCUCCUCCAGCCCCUCUGACCACCUUUGCUACAGUCCUUCCAACCACCAUGUCUGACACGAUUUCAACAGUUUUAAACAAGGUGUGGGGAGGAACACAUAAAGACACAUAUGUCCUACUGUCGAAGAUUGGACCCUACAAAUUAUUUAGCUCGGACUUUGCCAGAAUUUGUCCGGGACAGGAGCUGGAGAGUGAGGUUAUUAAUGCCUACCUACAUCUGAUGGUUAAUAACUACAAUAGGAAUCAUCAGGAAAAAGCCAGAGUAAUUGACAGCUUUGAAAUGUCACGGAUUUGGCUCAAAAAAAGUUCCAGGUUAAAGAUUGAUCCAGAAAAGUUCAAGAUAAUAGUGGGUAUUGUUAAUGAAAGUCACCAUUGGAUGCUAGUGGUAAUUUAUCCACUUGAAAAAAGGACAGUUUUCCUUAACUCACUUGGAGAGUCCCAAAAGGAUGUGAAGAGGUGCUUGGAAGCAACAAGGGCAUUUAUGAGAAGCAAAGGGAUGAAAGUCUCCAGGUGGAAAUGUGAAACUGUCACCCAUGCCAUCCAACAAGACAUGGUUUCUUGUGGUGUGUUUGCACUUAAAUUUGCAGAGUGCAUACUGGAAAACAAGGACCUGAACUUUCCAUCGACAGCAGAAGCUGUUAAAACCAUGCGACUCAACAUUUCUUCCACACUUCUUUCUGAAUCAGGUGUCUAUUUGAAUUUUUUUUAUUCAGUUCCUAUGUGUGUGGGAUAAAAUGUUGUGUGUAAAAUCAUGCAUGCACCAAAGAAUUGUUAGGUUAGCUAUUUUAUCUAACUAGAAAUAUUAAAAUAUUGAACUUUGCAGAUGUGUGAAGUACAAUCGUGUUAGUGUUUAUAUCAAAUUCAAUUAGUAAAGAACAUUUCAAUACACCUGGCCUUGAUCUCUAUCAAAUAAAUUACACAUAACAAUGCCCAAUGUAAAACUAUUGAUGCAAAAAACAUAAUUAACAAACUUAAAAUUGUUCUAGGAUACAAUUACACUUUU